AUGGAGCAUGGAAACAGCACAGAGGUGACAGAGUUUGUGUUGCUGGGACUGUCUCAGACCCGGGAGGUCCAGCUGUUCCUCCUUGGCUUGUUUCUUCUCUUCUACUCGCUGAUCCUGCCAGCUAAUGUCCUCAUCAUCCUCACCAUCCACAAAGAUCCCCGCCUGGGCUCCCCCAUGUAUUUCUUCCUGGCCAACUUGGCCUUCCUAGAUAUUUGUUACUGCUCUGUCACUCCACCUAGAAUGCUAGCUGACUUCUUCUCCCGCCGCAAAGCUAUCUCCUACGGGGCCUGCCUAGCACAGCUGUUCUUUCUCCACUUCUUAGGAGGAGCUGAAAUCUUCCUGCUCAUUGGCAUGGCCUUUGACAGGUACGUGGCCAUCUGUAAGCCACUACACUAUGCCACCAUGGUAAACAGAGGGGUCUGCUGGGCCUUAGUGGUGGCCGCCUGGGCAGGGGGAUUCAUGCAUUCCAUUAUCCAAGUCGCCCUCAUUGUUCCUCUCCCCUUCUGUGGUCCCAACAAGCUAGACAACUUCUUCUGUGACAUUACCCAGUUGAUCAAGCUGGCCUGCGCUGACACCUACAUCUUGGAAUUCAUCAUGUUCUUCAACAGUGGCCUGGCCACCUUCAUGUGCUUCCUCCUUCUGCUGAUCUCCUACGGGGCCCUGCUGGUCCGGCUGAGGGCAAGCUCCUCCCAUGGGAAGAGCAAAGCAGCCUCCACCUGUGUCACCCACAUCAUCAUUGUCUUUGUCAUGUUUGGCCCAGCCAUCUAUGUCUACUGCCGGCCCUUCCGUAGCUUCCCCAUGGACAAGGUGGUGGCCGUCUUCCACACCGUGGUCUUCCCCCUCGUGAAUCCCAUGAUCUACACGCUGAGGAAUAGGGAGAUCCUCAGUGCUAUGAAGAGGCUGCUGGACAGAUCUGGCCUCUGGAAAGGAAAAUAG